UAAUUGAAGCAUGGAGAGGAAAUAAGAGAGAUAAAGAUCAUAUAGAAUCUAGGCAUAUAUAUAACUUAAGAUUGAAAUCUAAACACAAUCUGAUCCAGCUAUGCAAUUAUUCCUAAGUUUUGUGAUAAUAAUAGCUUAAAAAAGAGCAUAGGAGAUCUUAUUUCUAAGCAAGGUUUUAAGGGAUUUGCAUAUUAAAGCAAAAUCCACCAUCUACUCUUUAUAUCUCUAACUUUGAUAUAUAUAUAUAGAAGAAUUUAGAACAUGGAUGGUAUCAAUUAUUUUGGAGAUUCUAACAUGGGAAAUGAAAGAGUGAGUGGAUCUUCUUCAAAGAAAGGGAAGAAAAACAAUCAAGAUAAACCAAAGCAACCACAAAGAGGAUUAGGUGUUGCUCAAUUAGAAAAAAUUAGAUUACAUGGUGAAAUGGCUUAUGGUUAUCAUCCUCCUCUACAUAACCCUUAUCCUUCUAAUUUUAUCAAUGAAGAUCCAAGAAUACAAACACCAUAUUCAUCAAUACCAUCGUCUUCUUUUUCUUAUUCAUCUUCAUCUACAUCAUAUACAACAUCACAUGGAUUUCAACCAAACAUUAUGAUGGGCCUACCUCAAUAUGAAGGAUCAUCCAUUGCAUUUGGAGAUUCUCAACCAAUUGAUUCAACAAGAUCAUGGGAACAUCCCAAUGCCAUUGUUCAAUCCAACACAACUAAACCAUUACUUAGCCUAUAUGACUCACAAUACAUAGAUACAAAGAAGCAUAGAAGUGGUUCCACAAGCAGUCAAAACUCAGAAUCAAGUGAUAAUCAAGAACCAGAUUUGGAGCUAAGAUUAGCUCUUUGAUCUUCCAUUAUAGAAAAGAGUGGUGAUUCUAGUAAUUGUAAUGCUUUUAUUUACAAUUAAUUAAGAAUUGCAAAAGCUUGCACAGUGAACAAGUCAGUGUGUUUGUUUUUAAUUGAAGUUUCAAUGUGUAUUGAAAAAUAUAUAUAGAUUGAUUCAUAUUGCAAUUUGCAUGAAAAAACAAUGCAAAAAAUUUACGUUA